UUAGGUGUUUUUUUAAUAUAAGAUACUCCCUCCGUCCAUGUAUGAUCUUCCCAUUACGCGUUACGAGGCUUGACCGACAUUAUUUUCAAUUCAAUUUAAUUGAUUAUAGGAGUAAAAUUUUAAAAUAAAAUUUAUAUAGUAAUAAACUACAUGAAAAGUUCUACAAAACUAGAGGUGACAAGACUAUACUAUUUUAUGAAAUGACUAGUAAAAUUGAGCAAACAAAGUGAGUAAAGUUUGACUCUGUGAAUAGUGUUUGGGAAGAUCUAUUUAAAAAAUUGAAAAAUGAAACUAAUUAUAAUUCGGAACCCGUUGGGAAACUCAUCCACUAAUAUGUGUGCACGAAGAUUUUCCGUCAUUUUCACCUAAAAAUGGCUUCGUGCUUGUUUCGUUCCCGCGUUCUCCCUUCCCCGAGUGCCGCCGUUCUCCGCCGCUUCUGCUCUACUUCUGCAACUUCCGACCACCAUUGCGACUAUGAAUUUGCCUCCGAAUCUGGCGCUCUCAAGCCAUAUCUCCCCCAAAUCCAACCCUCUGACGACGCCGAUUUGAUCGCCAAGAUUCUCCUCCAACAACACAACCCCUUCCACCCGACGGAAUCAUCCCUUCAGCUCACCGGAAUUUCCCUUUCCCCGUUCCUCGUCCACCAAACCCUCCUCCGUCUCCGACACUCUUCCAAAGUCGCCCUCGCUUUUUUCAAUUUCUCCCAGUCCUACCCCGGUUCCCCGCUGGACGCCACCGCCUUCAACCUCCUCAUCGACAUCCUCUCCAAAGUCCGGCAAUUCGAUGUCGCUUGGAAGCUCAUCAUCGAGAUGGAAAAGAAGAAAAUCUCGCCCAAUUUCACGACCUUCUACGUUCUGAUCCGGAGACUCAUUUCUGCCGGAUUUACUAGGCAAGCCGUUCGCGCCUUCAGCGAAAUGUUCGUCUUCAUCGAUGAACACGGAGAGGACGAUGUCUGGAACUUGUACUUCUGCUAUCUCCUCGAUACCCUCUGCAAGUACGGGCACGUGAGAGUUGCCACCGAGGUGUUCAAUAAGGAGAAAUGGAGGGUUGAUGUCAAUUGCAAGAUCUAUACCAUCCUGAUAUACGGCUGGUGCAAGGUGAAGAAGAUUGACAUGGCAAAGAAGUUCUUCGCGGAGAUGAUCAAUAAACAAAUCCACCCAAAUGCUGUGACUUACAAUGUGUUGCUGAAUGGGAUUUGCAGGAGAGCCAGUUUGCAUCCGGAUGGGAGGUUUGAGAGGGUGAUCUUGGAUGCAGAGAAGGUGUUCGAUGAAAUGCGAGAGAGAGGAGUUGAGCCAGAUGUUACAAGUUACUCAAUCUUACUCCAUGUCUACAGCAGGGCACAUAAACCUGAUCUCUCCCUGGAGAAGCUGAGGGCAAUGAAGGAGAAGGGCAUAUGCCCAAGUAUAGCAUCAUACACAUCAGUUGUCAAGUGUCUUUGCUCUUGUGGGCGGAUUGGGGACGCAGAGAAGCUUCUAGAAGAAAUGGUGAGCGGCGGGGUUACCCCCAUUGCAGCCACCCUCAACUGCUUCUUCAAGGAAUACAGGGGCAGGAAAGACAUUGACGGCGCAUUGAGGCUGUAUGGCAAAAUGAAAGAUGGGUCCUUGUGCUCACCUAGUGAGACAACUUUUAACAUACUGUUGGGGAUGUUUGUGAGCUUGGGGAGACUGGGACUUGCCAGGGAGAUUUGGGACGAUUUGAAAAACAGCGAAAUAGGUCCGGAUUUGGACUCGUACACGCUGAUGGUUCAUGGGCUCUGCAAGAAGAAGAAAUGGAGAGAUGCUUGUGAGUUGUUCAUGGAGAUGAUAGAGAAGGGCUUUCUCCCACAGAAGGUCACCUUCGAGACGUUAUAUUCAGGCUUGAUACAGUCUGAUAUGCUGAGAACUUGGAGGAGAUUGAAGAAAAGGCUUGACGAGGAAUCCAUAACUUUUAGCACUGAGUUUGAAGGGUACCCCUUGAAGCCUUACAGGAGGUAGCAAUCAGGUGGUGGUGGCUAUUCAAAGACCCACUGUCCUUUGAUAAGGGGUGCCAGAAAGGUAGGCCUGAGUUCGGGGUUUUGUCUAGAGUACCAAAUGGACUCGGCUCUCUCUUAAUCAAUAUGUGAUUAAAGCUCGAGUUACCCU